GCGACCGAGGCUGCCUUCCCCUCAGCAAGCACCAUGAAGCAGCAGCAGCCGCCUGUAACGUCGGCGGCGAAUACGGGCGCCGCUACAGCGGUCCCGGCUUUCCUCAGUAAACUGUGGGCGCUGGUGGGCGACGCCCCGAGUAACCAGCUCAUCACCUGGAGCCAGAAUGGCCAGAGUUUCCUUGUGUUGGACGAACAAAGGUUUGCCAAAGAGAUUCUUCCGAAGUACUUCAAGCACAACAACAUGGCAAGCUUUGUGAGACAGCUAAAUAUGUAUGGUUUCCGUAAAGUAGUCCAUGUUGACUCUGGCAUUGUCAAAUUGGAAAGGGAUGGCCCUGUUGAGUUCCAACACCCCUAUUUCAAGCAAGGACGGGAAGACUUACUGGAGCACAUUAAAAGAAAGGUUUCUUCUUCAAGGCCUGAAGAAAAUAAAAUUCGUCAGGAAGACCUGUCUAAAAUCAUAAGUAGUGCUCAGAAGGUUCAAAUUAAACAAGAGACUAUUGAAUCCCGGCUCUCUGCUCUGAAGAGAGAAAAUGAAUCUCUUUGGCGAGAAGUAGCAGAACUGAGAGCAAAACAUCUACAACAGCAGCAAGUUAUUCGAAAGAUUGUACAGUUUAUUGUUACCCUUGUUCAGAAUAACCAACUUGUAAGUCUGAAACGCAAACGCCCAUUGCUUCUGAAUACUAACGGAGCUCCAAAAUCCAACUUGUUCCAGCAAAUUGUCACAGAACCAGCAGAAAAUAAACACCAUGUACCACACAACAGGACUGAUGGCUUAAAGCAGAGACAACAGCUGUCAGAUGAUAUUAUUAUUUAUGAUAUCACUGAUGAUAUUGGUGAUGAAGAAAAGGCUCCAGUUACACCAGAAAUGAGCGAGGAUGCAGCUUCAGACUCAAACUAUAGUCCUGAUAUUGUAAUAGUAGAAGAUGAUAAUGAAGAUGACUGUGCUCCUUUAAUUCAAGAUAAUACAAACGGCGAACCAGUCACCGUUCCAUCCAGUGAUGCUAUAAGUCCUUCCAUUGAUAGCACAAGUCCAUUAAUGUCGAGUGCUGUUCAGUUAAACAGCCAGUCAGCCUUAACAGCAGAAGAUCCAGUCUCAAUGAUGGAUUCUAUACUCAGUGAGAAUGGAGUGAUUUCACAAAAUAUCAACCUUCUUGGAAAAGUGGAACUCCUGGAUUACCUUGAGAGCAUCGAUUGCAGUUUAGAGGAUUUCCAGGCCAUGCUAUCGGGACGGCAGUUCAGCAUAGAUCCAGAUCUUCUAGUUGAUCUUUUUUCAAGUUCCGUGCAGAUGAAUCCUACAGGUCAUAUCAAUAGUACAAAAAUGGAUGCAAAGGAAAUUGAAACUAUGAAGACUAAUGGUGCUCAAGAAGUUACACAAGAUGUGCCUAAUUCUAACCCCAAAGCAGAUAAACAGCUCAUUCAGUAUACUGCCUUCCCCCUCCUUGCAUUCCUUGAUGGAAAUCCAGGCUCAGCAGUGGAAAGUACAAAUGUCACACCUGAAUCAGUAUCUUCUGUAGAUAAACCAUUAGAAGUGGAUGAACUUCUGGAAAGCAGUCUGGAUCCUCAACCGACCCAAAGCAAACUUGUUCGUCUGGAACCAUUGACAGAAGCAGAGGCCAGCGAAGCUACGCUAUUUUAUUUGUGUGAACUUGCUCCUGUGCCAAUGGACACUGAUAUGCCAUUGUUGAACAACUAACUUGAGAGAGCUGAAACAAUAUAUUUAUUGAGGCUGUCGUUUAGGAUCUACCUUUUGUAAAUGGCAUUUUGUGAAAGCAGCUUAUGUGGAACCUAAAACAGUUAGUUUUCUCACUUUCCCACAAGAUCGGUCAAAGAGCAGUUUAAACGUUUAUACAAACCAUCAACAGUUUGUUAACACUAGUUCAUUACACUUCUAGUGCUGUUAUAUUUUGAAUUGUAUGUAUUCAGAAUACAGCAGGUAAUCAGAUGCUCUGUAUUAACCACUUACAUUUUUUCUUGUUCACUUUGGUCGUAAUGUAUGACAGACAAGUAAUUCAUAAGUAAUUCUGGAUGGAAGUCGUAGCACUCAAGUUUUAUUCUUCUGUACUUUGUUUUCUAUUUUUACAACUUUGUUUAAAUAAAACUGUGUUAGGGGACCAGAAGCUAA